CCCAGUACUGCUCACUGCUCACACCUCCCCGCAGAGGUCAGACACAAGACAAGCUAAAGUGGAGAACCCACAUCUGGCACCUCGGUCGCAGCCUCCUCUUGCUCGUCAUGGGCGCUCCCCUCUAUGCUGUCGGCGUCCUCACAGUCUCUGACACAUGUUCCCGAGACGCCUCGUCUGAUGCCUCCGGGCCUCUCCUCCGCCGUACCCUCGAGUCACACCCCAGCGACGCCUUUCGUGUGGGCUGUUCAUCGAUCGUACCAGAUGAGCCAAAAGCAAUCAGGAGCACAGUGACUCAGUGGAUCGACGAGCUAGGCAUCAAGCUGGUCAUCACUACUGGCGGAACCGGUCUGGGAGUGCGGGACACAACGCCGGAAGCGCUGUCACCUCUGAUUGACAAGCCCACGCCAGGCAUCACUCAGGCCAUCAUCGCAGACUCGCUAGCAAGGACACCACUCGCAGCCUUGUCUCGUCUUGUCACCGGCAUCAGACAAGUGCCAUUCUCCUCCUCCUCAUCGAGUAGCAAGCACGGCUCUCCGGGGGCCUUGAUCAUCGCUCUGCCAGGCUCGCCCAAAGCAAUCAAGGAAUGUCUGCAAGUGUUACUCGGCACAUCCGAGAAGGCCGGAAUCCUCCUCCAUGCAUUGGAGCUUUGCACAGGAUUAGGUGGAGUCAAGGCUGGACACAAAACACACCAGGAGCUGCAGCACGGUCACCCUCACCAUCAUGGAGGUCUGAGCGGCACAGAGACCGAUACCGGAGCUUCAAGACAUCAACACAUCCACCAACACCCUCAGCCCCAUCACAACAGCCAUAAUCAUCACCACCACCACCAUCACCAUGGAUCGGAUCACUCACAUGGCGUCCACUCUCAUUCGGCUCCUCAGGCAAGGACCGCCUACCUCACCCACUCCGCGCACGGUUCCUCUACGCUUCGAGCCCGCCAGUCACCUUACCCUAUUCUCCCACUAGAUCAAGCCCUCUUGCUGAUCAAUGAACAUACGCCCAUGGCACGAGAAGUGGUUCAAGUGCCAGUAGAUGAAAGACUCGUUGGCCAUGUAUUAGCAGAGGACGUCUCUGCCACUACUGAUCUACCGCCGGGGAACACGACGAACGUGGAUGGGUAUGCCGUUAAUGCUGCUAGCACUCCGCCGGGCAAGUACAAGGUGGUGACGGCGUCCAUCCUUACAACCAGAGUGGCCGAGGGGCAAGAGCAGGAUGCUUCUACGUCGCUCCUCAAGCCGGGCGAGGUCUGCAGGGUGAACACAGGUCAGGGUUUGCCGGCUGGGACCGACGGUGUGGUCAUGGUGGAGGACACUGCUCUCAUUUCCACGACUGCCCAGGACGAGGAAGACGAGAUCGAGAUACUAGCACAGAUCGAUCCGAUGGAGAAUGUGCGCCGCUUGGGCUCUGAUGUGCGAGCAGGCAUGAUGGUCCUCCCAGCAGGCACGACCAUUUCGGCUCUUGGCGGAGAGAUUGGCACACUUGCCUUUUUGGGCAAGACGAACGUCAGUGUGUACAGAAAGCCAAAGGUGGCACUUUUGAGCACUGGAGAUGAGCUGAGAGACCUCAAGGAGGAUGCAGAUCAGAAGGGCGGCAAGGAAGCGUGGGGAUUCAAGGUGUAUGAUGCAAAUCGACCCGGAUUGAGAGCAGCCAUCGAAGGCAUGGGACUGGAGGUUGUGGAUCUAGGCAUCUUGGGUGACAAUCCUACGAAGCUCACAGAUAGCCUUCGCCGAGGAGCGCAAGAGGCCGACAUCAUCCUCACCACCGGCGGUACCUCCAUGGGAGAGUCUGACUUUCUCAAGCCGAUCAUUGAGAGGGAGUUGCAAGGCUCGAUCCAUUUUGGCAGAGUGGCAAUGAAGCCGGGAAAGCCAACGACAUUCGCAACCUUGCCCGCCCCAAGUGGGCAGACAGGCUCUACGCUCCUCUUUGCCCUACCGGGAAACCCCGCAUCUGCCCUCGUCUGCUUCUACAUCUUUGCGCUACCCUGCCUCCGCAAGCUUCUCGGCGUCACGCCCUCCAGCCACGACCUAGCCGCCGGCAAUGGUGAGGGUCAGGCUAAACUCUCGACAAGCAACCCCUACUCUCUUCCCCGGAUCAAGGUGCGAUUGACGAGCGAGAUGAGGCUGGACCCGCGACCGGAGUUCCACAGGGUGGUGCUCGGUCCGCCGGGUAGGGAGAGCGAGGAUGGUUUGAUGGUCGCGAGGAGCACGGGGGCGCAGAGAUCCAGCGGUAUGCAUUCCAUGGCAACGGCCAAUGCCCUCGUAUGCGUCCCUGCCCUCGAGAAGGGGGCGGAGAAAAAGUCGCUCAAGGCUGGAGAGGUGGCAGAGGCGAUCCUUCUGGGCACUCUAUCGUGACGAGAAGUGUGAACAUGGGUGGAAAGACACUUCGCCUGUACUGAUCCCCCGUCUCGUCUUUCACGGCUGAAAUUGAAUUGAAGCAUUCCUUGGACCAGG